CAAAUUUUCUCUCCUUUUCUUUCUCGAGAAUCUCUCUCACACUUUCCCAAAUUCAGAGAUUGGUAAGCAUAUCUUUCUUCAAUUUCCUCUUCCGCUCUCUCUCUCCACUUCUUCUACUUUGCGACUUCGAUACCCGAAGCUUCAGAGAUAAAGCGUUCGAUUCUCUUCCCCCUAAUCAAAUCCGGCCUAGACCUUUGCUCUCUCUCUCUCUCUCUCUCUCUCUCUCUCUCUCUCUCUCUCUCUCUCUCUCUCUGAUUAUUGUCGGAUUUAAUUAGGGUUUUGUUCCUUCAAUUUUAAUUUCAAGGCUUAGCUGUGAGGGUUUUUGGGAGUUUUUGCUAUGGGGAAGGGUUCGAAGAGCUAUUGCAAGUCUGCUUCACAUAAGCUAUUUAAGGAUAAGGCGAAGAAUCGAGUGGAUGAUCUGCAAGGGAUGUUCAUCGAUCUGCAGUUUGCAAGGAAGGAGAGCCGGACGAUCGACGUUGCGGUUCUCGAAGAGCAGGUGCAUCAGAUGCUUCGCGAAUGGAAAGCUGAACUCAACGAGCCGUCUCCAGCGUCUUCUUUGAACGGUGGCAGUCUUGGGUCUUUCCCAUCCGACAUUUGUCGGCUUUUGCAACUUUAUGAGGAGGAGGAUGAUGCAAUCAGUCCUUUAAAAGAUGUUGCUGCCCCAAAGCCUGAGCCUGAUGUUCAAGUUCUUCAAGUCGGUGAUACAGCUAUCUUCCAACAGGACUAUAUUGUUAAUCAGGGGCCACUACAUGGCUUCCAAUUGGUUGAGGAAUGCAAAGGUACCCCCUCAGGGAUGCGCAAUAUGACAGAUGAUAGUUUGGAAGGCACAGUGCAGUUGGACUAUCAUCAGUUUGAUUGGCCCCUAGAUUUUGGGCAAAACUAUUUUGCUGGUUUUGCUAAUGUGGGGUUGUGUGAAGAGGAUGCUAUGCCUCAUAUUUCUGGCUUUCUGCCAAGUGUUUGCCCUCCACCCUCUGCUUUCCUGGGACCAAAAUGUGCGCUAUGGGAUUGUCCCAGGCCUGCUCAAGGGAUAGAUUGGUGUCAGGACUAUUGCAGUAGCUUUCACGCAGCUCUAGCAUUGAAUGAAGGUCCACCUGGUAUGACUCCAGUUCUGCGACCUGGAGGCAUUGGCCUGAAGGAUGGUCUGCUUUUUGCUGCUCUUAAUGCAAAGGCCGAAAGAAAAGAUGUUGGUAUUCCAGAAUGUGAGGGGGCUGCAACUGCCAAGUCUCCAUGGAAUGCUCCUGAGCUCUUUGAUCUCUCAGUCCUUGAGGGCGAAACAAUUAGGGAAUGGCUAUUUUUUGAUAAGCCUCGAAGAGCAUUUGAGAGCGGGAAUAGAAAGCAGAGGUCGUUGCCAGAUUAUUGUGGGCGCGGUUGGCAUGAGUCGAGAAAGCAAGUGAUGAAUGAAUUUGGAGGACUGAAGAGAUCCUACUACAUGGAUCCACAGCCACUAAACAAUUUUGAAUGGCAUCUUUAUGAAUAUGAGAUUAACAAGUGCGAUGCUUGUGCUUUAUAUCGGUUGGAGCUGAAACUCGUUGAUGGGAAGAAGAAUCCAAGAGGAAAAGUAACAAAUGAUUCAGUUGCUGAUCUGCAGAAGCAGAUGGGAAGGCUCAAUGCUUCAGAUAACAAGCGCACUUUGAAGGGAAGGAUGAAAGCUAAUAUGAAGGGUGAUGGUGGAAAUGUUUAUUCUGCUCCAAAUCAGGUUGCACCUACGACUGAAGCACUCGAUUAUGAGCUUACAGUCGCCGAAGCAUUCAACUAUAGGCAAUUCUAACUCUUACGAGGGAAAAAAAGUUCAAAGACAGCUGUUUUGAUCGGUGCUUUUUCUUAACCGGUCAGCGUCAAGGUGAACACAAAAAAUCAAAGCAUCACCGGAACUGGGUUUCGUGGUUGCACAACCUUGCUGUGCUAUCCUCAAGUCACUCUGGCCACUGCUUCCAUGCUAAUUCUGCUGGUAGAUGCUGCUCAUGAAAGAUUUUGGGUGCAGCCUGUAUUAUCUCGCGGCUGGGUAUAUAAUAUUGUCUUUCAACAGAGAUUUUUGAAUAAUCUUAUCAUGCCAUCAUCACCUGGAAUGUGUAAAUGAUCAUAAUUUGGGAUGUAACACCCUGUUUCUGUGUUGGAAA